AUGAUUGAAAUUGAACCAAGACACGGUAAUCACCAUUUCAUAAAUAUAAAAUAUGGAUAUAUAAUACUUGGAAUAUCUCUAUUGCUAGCCCUACAUUUACUACUAUUCAAAUUUAUCUACAUACAACAAUGGAAACGCAACGGGAUACACAAUAGACUUUUAACUUAUCUACAAGGUCCUCCAACUUGGUUCAUCAUAUUGAUCUGGGUUAUCAUUAUCACUUAUUUAGCUCAAGAUAAUAUCCAUUCCAUAUUUAUUGAAUACAGCACUAUAGCUAAACGAUUAGGUCGAAUAGCCUAUAGUUUGAUCCCAUUGAAUAUUUUCCUAAUUUUACGUUUCGCCAAUUCACCAAAUUUAAACCCCGGAUAUUACUUGCAGAACUUAAAUCUCCAUAAAUGGUUGUCAAGAUUGAUUUUUGUACUUUCGUUGAUUCAUGGGUUGGCUUUCACUUUUAAAUGGAUAUUUGAAGGAACAGGGUCAAAGUUUACCAAAUUGUGGAAUUUUUUGGGAAUUGUGGUGAUUGUUCCUUUUCUUUUACUCAUAAUUGUAUCUAUACGGUACAUGAGACGUAAAUCAUAUCGGGUGUUUUACAUUGUUCAUAAUAUUACUUCUUGGUUUAUGGUUUUCUUGAUAACGUUACAUGCAAGACCUGGAGUAUGGCAAAUUGCAAUAUUGUCAAUAGUCAUGUUGGCAUUCCAAUUGUAUUUGAGAUUUGCUGCUUAUAGAGUCAAUUCAAUUAAAGUCAUUGAUAUCCCAUCAUCAACAUUGCAAAUCAUUAAAAUACCACUUCCAUUAAAUUUCCCCAUUUGGUCACCAGCAAGUCAUAUUAGAGUAAAUUAUUCGUUUCUGAAUUUUCGAUGUUGGCUAAUGGCUACUCAUCCAUUCACUAUUGCUUCUAUCUAUGAAGAUUCUCGAACGUCGCUUGUAUUAAUCAAGAAAAAAACUCAAUUGGAAUUUGAUCCUCAAAAUACUUAUUUGGUAACAGGUCCAUAUUGUUCGUUACCUCAACCUUUAUUUAAUACGGCGCAAGUUGUAAGUAUAUUAUGUGGUGGUUCUGGAAUUUCCUUUGGGUUACCAAUUUAUCAAUAUUUCAAAUCAACAAAUCCAUCUGUGGUAGUGAAUUUAGUUUGGUGUGUUCUGAAUAAGGAGGAUUUGUUUAUUCUUAAUCAAUUGAACCUUUCUGAUGUACAUGCUUACGUUACUGGGGUUGAUAAUCAAGACUCAUCCAGCGAACAGACCAUGCCUGAGUUUGUAAUUGGAGGAGAAGACGAUGUAGAAAAUCAUGGGUUGUUAAAAGAGAAUAUCGAGCUACAGCCAAUUGUACCAAACCCUAUUGACCCUAAUGAAAUUGGUGACGGAAAAUCCAACAAGGGUGAUUCAAUAACCAAUGGGGAACAUUAUAGAUUAGGAAGACCGAAGUUGGAUGAAGUCUUUGCCAUCAAUAAUCCAACAUUUACAUUUGACCCCAAUAAUACUUGGAUCAUUGCUUGUGGCCCAGAUGGAUUGAUUAAUGAUUCACAAAAAUGGGCAAAAGAACACAACUAUCAAUUCUUUAGUGAAAAGUAUGAGAUGUAA